UAUGUCUCCAACUGAAAAGAUGAUCCAUCUUCAAUCAUUGGUAACUGGCCCAGCUAAACUAAUGAUAGCUGGUUAUGGUGCAAACGGCGACACAUACGAACUAGCACUACAACGUCUUCGUGAAAACUUUGGCAAUACCAAUAGAAUUGUCAACUCUUUUUUGCAACGUCUUGCAAAUUUCAAACCUCCAAAUCUGGCUCAACCAGAAUCAUACAUGCAGUUUUCUGCUUUUCUCCUAACUUUAGUGGACACUUUUGAGCAACUUGGUUUUGUUCACGAUAUUUGUUCUACAACAAACUUGAACACUGCUCUGGCAAAGCUUCCCGACCCUGUGAGAUUAGAAUGGAAUCGCUUCGUCAUCGACAAAGACUACGAUCAACCCUCCUUGAGACAUCUAGCACAAUGGUUUCAACGGUACGCACAGGCGUGUCGCGACAUGCCUCCGACAGGUUUCCGAAACCAAAACAAUAACAAUUUUAACAAUUCUUCUGGAAACGCUAAACACCCUAGUGGUUCCCGUUUCAAUGGUUUUACUACAAAUGGUGUAGGAAAUCAAAAUCAGCGCUUUAACCAUCAGGGAGAUCAACAAAACUCUCGUGCUCAGAAUAAUGUAAACUCGAAUGCUUGUCCUAGUGGAGACACCUGUGGACCUCUCUACAAAUGCGAGCACUUCAAAGCUUUAGACCCUAAGCAACGAAAAGAGCAUGCCCGAAAAAUGCACUUAUGCUUUAACUGUCUAGGGAAUCAUAGGUUUACUGACUGCAAUUCGAAAUCGCUCUGUCGAACCGAUAAUUGUGGUAAAAAACACCACACUCUACUCCACGAUCCUUCUGAUACUUAUGGAAAAAACCCUAGUAAAGCUGCAGUGAAUCGCGCAAUAGCUUGUCAGAGAUCAGAUAGUGGUAGCUGCGUAACUCUACUACUGGACUCAGUGGCAACUCAACUAGGCUUGGACGUCAACAAGAAGCACUCACUUCCCAUAUCUGGAUAUCAUGAGACCAAGUCAGUUCAAGUUACAUCUGUGGAUGUACAAAUUAGACCAUACAAAAGCACAUCGACUCCAAUGACGCUCGAUGACGUACUCACGGUAGAUGAAAAUAAUUUGGCCCCAGUUGAUAUUUUUCAACUAAACGCAAUGUGCAACAAUUUUCCACAUUUAAAGCAUGUUAAAUACCCGGACUUAAACGACAAUAGCAUAUCGCUAGUCAUCGGAAACAACAAUCCAGAAUAUCAUGAGAUCAAAAAUACCGUUGAUGGCCCCAAGAAUGUUCCCUGGGCUAUCGAAACCCUUUUGGGAUGGACAUGCACAGGUCGGAACAAAACGCAAUAUAAUUCCGUUCCAUCUGUUCCGGUGAACUUCACACAAGUUCAUUCACACAAUAACUUAGAUGAAAAAUUAUACCAGAAAGUUCUCAACUGGAUGAAAAUAGAAAACACAGGCAUCGCUUCUUCAAAACGCUCGCACUCCAAAUCGGAUAAAAGAGCAAUCGAUAUUCUCGAAAACUCUUGUACUUUAGUAGAUGGUCACUAUCAAAUUGACCUUCUUUGGAAAGAGGAUACUGAUCUUCCAAAUAACCGUUGGCUAGCUGAAAAGCAACUCAACAGCCUCGAAUUUCGCCUUAAAAGUAAACCUGAUUUAAGGGAGAAAUACCGCGCAACAGUCAUCACUGACUUAGAAAAAGGCUUUGUCACCAAAAUAGAUGCAAAACAUGACACUGCAAUCAAAUCUUGGUAUUUGCCGCAUCAUCCAGUGACAAAUGUCAACAAACCAGACAAAGUUAGACGAGUCUCAAAUGCUUCCAGCAUUUUUCAGGGUAAAUCCCUCAACUCGAGUUUGCUCAAAGGGCCCGAUCUUUUGUGCAACUUAACAGGUCUCAUAAUUCGCUUUCGACAAAAUAAAAUAGCAAUAUCUGCUGACAUAGAUGCUAUGUUUAUGCAAGUGCUAGUCAGCCCAAAGGAUAGACCUUUUCUAAGAUACCUUUGGAAAGAAAAUGGUAAAUUAGAAACUCACGAAUAUACACGACACAUUUUCGGUGCCACAGACUCACCAUGCGUGGCUUGCUACGCAGUACGACGAUGUGCAUCAGACAGUAAAAACGACUUUCCUCUGGCUUCUGAAAUCAUUCAACGGAAUAUCUACAUGGAUGAUUUGUAUGUCACUUCGUCAACGGUAGAAGAAGCCCUCCAACAAAUGACACAACUACGAGGAUCUUUAUCUCGAGGUGGGUUCAACUUGAAUAAGUGGAACUCAAACAGUAAACCAUUCCUGGAUUCAAUUGAUCCAAAUAUUUUAGUCAGCCCUAAUGAUCCAACGCCUAAACAUCAACGAGUUCUCGGUGUUCACUGGAAUACCAACACUGACUGCUACUUCAUCGAUAACAAAAAGUUUGUAAAAAUUCUACGUAUUGGCAUUGCUACGCAACGGAAACUCCUGAAGUAUACCGCUUCUUUAUUUGACCCACUCGGAAUAGUGGCUCCAUUGACAAUUCGGAUUCGAAAAGUUCUCCAAUCUGUUUGGUCACAAGGUGUUAAGUGGGAUACUCCAUUAGACACGGAUAAACUUCCCGAUUUCAAACUUUGGGUAGACGAAAUGGAAAAUUUCGAAACUGUUUCAUUCCAAAGGAACUUCUUUGAUAAAGAAAACCCUGCUUCAAUCCAGCUUCACACGUUUUGUGAUGCAUCAGAAUUCGCUCUCGCUGCUGUUUGCUACCUAAGAAUAGUCUACAGCGACGGCUCCACAUCUUUGAAGUUUAUAAUAGGAAAGACAAGAGUCGCUCCUAUGAAACGUGUUACAAUUCCCAAUCUCGAGUUGCAAGCUGCAGUAUAUGCUGCCCAACUAUCGCUCUUUGUUUCAGAGGAAAUUGACCUCAAAGUUGAAAAAACUUAUUUCUGGUCUGACAGUACUACUGUUUUGUAUUGGCUGCGAACACCUGAAAUACGACACAAAAUUUUCGUCGCUAAUCGGCUUCAGAAAAUUUUAGACGUUUCUAAACCUGAACAGUGGUUUCACGUUCCAACUCUGCUAAAUCCUGCUGACGACGGUACCAGAGGAUACAUGGCUUUAGAAAUGACCUCAAGCUGUCGGUGGCUACUAGGACCAGAAUUUCUGUUGAACGAUUCUUCUCAAUGGCCUUCACAGGAAAACAUUCGGCUUGAGAACAUUCCUGUAUUCGUUACUUCAUUAGAGGCUAAAUUUGAGCCUAUAUUUGACAUCAAACGCUUCAGCAACUGGAAAAGACUAAUACGGACAGUUGCAUACUGCUUCUUAUUCGCAGAAAAUCUCAAACGGAAGAUCAACAAACAGUCGAAGGUCGAUCUUCAACUCUUGCAUCUAACGAAAUCGCACUUUCUCAUAAUUAAAACUGCCCAAAGGACAGAUUUUGUCUCUGAAAUUUCAGACAUCAAAAAAGAAAAACCAAUUGAAGGCAAAAGUAGACUUCGAACAUUAGCACCGUUUGUGGACAACUUCGGUAUCCUGCGUUCUCGUGGACGUCUCACGCGUGCCCCUAUCAUGCUAUCAGCUAGAUAUCCAAUCAUUCUCGCUGGUGAAAACCCCAAUGUUCGCCUGCUGUUAGCUAACAUCCAUGUUCUACAUUCCCACUGCUGA